GCGGCCCAAAGAAAUAGCAAAAAGACAAAAAAACAAAAACAAAAACAAACAAACAAACAAACUUUACUUCCUGACAUUCUAUGUGAUGUUAGUAAGUCAUUUUUCAGUUUGGGCCUUACUUUCUUCAACUGAACAACUUUCAACACUUAAGCAUCAUUUUAUUCAACAAACAUUCAAUAGCACUUAAAAGAAAUUGGGCCCUAAGAGGUGCUAGACGCUGGGCAGAUGUUAGAGGCACAAAGAUGAACAGAUCAAUGAUGUAAUCUCUCCAGGAAUAUAGAACCUCGUAGAGGGAGGCAGGCAUAGUUAAGUGAAGUAUUGCUAUCUUAUAUCAGCAUCCAUUCUACAAAGGUGCAAAGAGGUGGAGAAGGGUGGCUCGUGGGAAGAAAAGGGCCAGGAAGGACUUCCAGCAGAAGUCUCCCCCAAAGCCACUCCCUGUCCACCGGCCAUCUUUUAACGCGGCCGCGCCGGCAGCAGUCGAUAUCUCUGGCAGAGCUGGACCACUCUCCUCGCCCUCCUUUGCUAGGCGAGAAGGGAGGACCAUAGAGAUGCAGAAGCCCUCCACCGCCCUAGAGUAGCCAGAAUUGUAAGAGGGCUACAGCCUCCACCUCUUCCGCGCAGAGAUCUGGCCUACGCUGGGCGCGCGGAGCUGGGCAUGGGGCUGGCGGCUCCGGCGGAGGAGUGGACCCUGGGUCUUGCUUUUGCGGCUCCCUGGCGUGGGGCCGCUAAGUCAGGCCCGUUCGGGCCCGGAGUGUCCCUCCUCGACCCCAGGCAGCUCAGGGUCGGGCCCGGCGCGCGCUCGCUUCCCCGGAGGGUGGCCGUGGCCCUGGCGUGCGGGACCUGUUUCGGCCCUGCGCUCCAGCUGCUGCCGGGACAAUCCACGCCAGCUCAGGCGCGCCUGGAAUCAGUGACCUUCGAGGAUGUGGCCAUCUUCUUCUCUGAGAAUGAAUGGACCAGCCUGGCCCCUGCUCAGAGGGCCCUGUACAGGGAGGUGAUGCUGGAGAACUAUGCAGCUGUGGCUUCCCUCGCAGCAUUUCCAUUUCCCAAACCAGCUCUGAUUUUCCUGCUGGAGCGAGGGGAAGCACCCUGGAGCUCAGCCCCAGAGGGACCUCUGGAUGGAGAGGGCCCCAGGGGCAUCUCCUCAGAGGGUGUAUUGAAGAAUGGGAAAGGAGGAAUACUGAAGGAGGACAUUUUUGAGAAGGUACAGGACCACCUGGUGCUAUCAAGUGGACCCCAGCGGUGUGGCUCCCAGGAAUUCUGGUUUGGAAAGACCUGUGAAGAGGAGAAAAGCAGGUUAGGGAGGUGGCCUGACUACCCCACUAGGGGAAGUGUGGGGAACACCACCCAUGGCAUUCUGGAAGAGGUUGUCAAAGAUGAGAUGAUGGUAGUAGAAGAGUGUUCAGAGGAUGCUGAUAUUCAUACCCACCUUGCACAUCCGAAGAGCCUAAGUGAGCAGGUAUUCUGUCUCUGUAAAGAAUGUGGUCAGUGUUUUGAUCAGAAUGAAGACUUUGAUCAACAUCAGAGAAUUCAUAAUGGAGAGAAAGUCUAUGAAUGCAAGGAAUGUGGGAAGACUUUCAGUUUUAGGUCACGUUGCAUUGUACAUCAGAGGAUUCAUACAGGAGUGAAACCGUAUGUAUGUCAAGAAUGUGCUAAAGCCUUCGUUUGGAAGUCAAACUUGAUUCGGCACCAGAGAAUUCAUACGGGAGAGAAACGCUUUGAAUGUAAGGAAUGUGGGAAGCGCUUUAGUCAGAACGUAAGCCUUACACAACAUCAGCGAAUCCACACUGGGGAGAAACCAUAUACAUGUAAGAAAUGUGGGAAGGGUUUUACUCGGAAACCAGUCCUUCUUCGACAUCAAGGAAUCCACACUGGGGAGAAGCCUUAUGAAUGUAAGGACUGUGGGAAAGGCUUCAUGCGGAAUUCUGAUCUUGCUCAGCACCAAUGGGUCCACACUGGAGAGAGGCCUCAUGGAUGUAUUGACUGUGGGAAAAGCUUCAUUUGCAAGGCACACCUUACUCGUCACCAGAGAGUCCACACUGGGGAAAGACCCUAUAAAUGUAAUGACUGUGGGAAGGCCUUCAGUCAGAAUUCUGUUUUGAUUACUCACCAGAGGCGCCAUGCUAGAGAAAAACCCUACAACUGUCAGACCUCUCACCAUGACCAUUAGAGAAAGCAUAAUGAUGAUACUUGCUUAUAAUUCUUAUGCUACAGGAGCCCCAGCCACAAAAUGAGAUGACUGUCACCACUUUGCUGUAAGUGUAAUAGCCAGUAUUGCCCCUUUUCCUGAAUGGAUACUGUGCACUCCAGCAAGACUAGUCUCCCUGUUCAACCAUCUUCAUACUAGGCAACAUUUACUUUGUGUCAGGCACUGUGCUAACUGUUUUACAUACAUUCAAUAACUUUUCUUAACCCUAUAAGAAGGGUACUCUUUUUGCUUUUUUUUUUUUUUUUUUUUUUUUUUUAGGGCUGCACUCAACCUGUGGAGGUUUCCAGGCUAGGGGUCGAAUCAGAGCUGCAGCUGCCGACUUACACCACAGCCACAGCAAUACCAGAUCCUGGCCACAUCUGCGACUUAGACCGCAGCUCACAGCAAUGCUGGAUCCUUAACCCAUUGAGUGAGGCCAGGGGUCAAACCCAUGUCCUCAUGGAUCCUAGUCCGGUUGGUUAACUGCUGAGCCACGAAGGGAACUCCUGCUUUUUUUUUUUUUUUUUUUUCCCUCUUUAGGGCUGCACCUGUGGCAUAUGGAAGUUCCCAGGCUAGGGGUCCAAUCAGAGCUACAGCUGCUGACCUACACCACAGCCACAGCAACUCGGGAUCCAAGCAGCAUCUUUGACCUACACCACAGCUCACGGCAGUGCCAGAUCCUUAACCCACUGAGUGACGCUAGGGAUUGAACCCACAACCUCAUGGUUCCUAGUUGGAUUUGUUUCCACUGAGCCAUGAUGGGAACUCCUAAGGAGGGUACUCUUAUCUUCAUCUUACAAAUGAGAAAUCUGAGGUUGAAAGAAGUUAUAAUACUCCUUCAGCUAGUAAAGCUUAGAAUUGAGAUUGGAACCAGGCCUCCAGAAUCCACUGUUCUGUAUCUGUGUACAUUUCUGCUUCUGCCUAUUUUUAUUUGCUCAAGUUGCCCUGGGCUAAAAGUUUUCUUUCCUUUUCUUCUUUUCAUUCAGUUGAACAUGUCCCUCGUCGUGCUUUACUUGUUAUCAGUACCACCCAAGUGGGUAUUUAGUUAUGUGCUCUUACAUUUUUGUAAUAGUCUCAUGCCUGUUAGUCCAGCUACAUGGCUCUUCAAGGAACAACACUGCAUUUCUUUUAUGUUUUUUAACUUUUGAAAUGUAUUUGUUUUUGACUAGCUGUAACAUGUCCAUGAUAAAAAAAAAGGGUUGAAAUAGUUCAAAACAGUGAAAAGUAAAUUUCCUUGUUAUUCCUGCUUCCCAGGCCUCGUUAGAGACAAUACAUUGUUACUGUGUCUUCCUGGAUAUUCUCUCCCUCUACUUCUCCCUUUUAGAUAUAUAUAUGCACACACGUCCACACACAAGUAUUAAUACUGCUUUUCAUAAGUCUACCUCACUUAAAAUCAUUGGAUAUAAUGGUAUUGCUGUUAAAUUGUCAGCUCCAGGACCUUCUCUUCCUCAGAAGUUGUGGUCCUCCUUGAGGUCACCAAGAAACUUAAGGACCCCAGUUGUGGUUGUCUGGGUUGUGCAGUCUUGGAAGACCUGGUAGCACUUGUGUUAUAGGAGAGUACUCUGGGACUGGGAAAAUGUAAACCAAGUAGGAGGUUUUUUAUUUGUUUGUUUGUUUGUUUUUAAUAAAAUAUUGUAUAGUUGCAAGCCCUAUCAUUACACCAGUAUCCUAAAUUCUCUCCCAGUCUUUCCCCUUCUCAUCACUGGAAUACCCACAUCCCAAAGCAAGCUGUGGGGCCAUCACACAGGAGGGAGAGGUGGUCACUAUCUGAUGAUGGUUGAUGCUCUGUUGGUUAUCUUCAACCAGUUAGCAGUGGAGAUAUAAUGCAGUCUCUUGGUAUCAGAGUCAUAAAUGCCCUCCCCAGGUCCAGGAUCAAAGAUAAAACAAAUGUGAGAUUCUAUUCAGCAAGGAAGGGAAAAGUGAAGAAUUCCAAAAUUAACUAGCUAUACUUGAAAUCAGGCGUCUAUAAAAUAAAAUUAUUUUUAUGGUUUAAAA